AUGCUCAUCCAACUUUUGCAAUCCCUUCGGAUCUCCCCGACGGACCCUCUUGUUGUCCGUGGCGCUUCAACUCUCAUACUCCUGCUAAGCAUCCUCUUGGCUGUUAUAAUACAAUCUGGAAAUGUCAACAAAACACGCAAGAGGUUGAGGAAUCUCCAAAGACUCAACUCAACUACCAGCAACAUGGCAGACCAGUACGAUCCCAAGUUCAGCCAGUCACUGGGGACUACCGUUAACGGGUCACCUCGUAUAAAAGCAAUUUAUCUUCAUCCUGUCAAGUCUUGCGGGCCUGUCGAGGUCGAUCGGGCCCUGCUCACCAAGACUGGUUUUAUGUAUGACAGAUGUUUUGCACUUGCAACGAAGACUGUCACCGGUGAUGAUGCCGCGGCCUCUAAAUGGCGAUUCAUCAGUCAGCGAACAAAGCCGCUUAUGUCACAGAUCAAGGCUGAGUUGUGGCUUCCGCACAAAGACAGUGAUGCGCAUGAUCCGCUGGUGCAGUCGGGUGGAUGUGUGGUUUUGACAUUCGAAGAUCCGGACCUGCCGAGUCGGAUUGAUCGUGUCGAGACAUUUUUCUAUACCUGGGAUUACUCUGCAAAACCACAGGUUUCCUUCAUUGUGCCUCUCAAUGUUACUGUCACUCAGGUAGAGGAAUUUCAGGUCAAGAUGACAACGUUCAUCAUCCAUGAUCGUGAUGCCAAAGGGCUCGACAUGGGUAGAAUUCCUUCUAUUGCAACAGCCCUGCCAAAGCUAAAGAGAUAUUUGGGAAUAAACGAAGGUCAAAUUCUCACGUUGUUCAAAUGUACACCCGAUACAUUGACACUCACGAACGAGAACCUCGCGCCACUAGAAUAUAUCGGUUCACCAGCUUUGCACGGCUACACCGAUUCGCAGCCUAUAAACAUCAACAGUCUAUCCUCGGUCCAGGCUGUAUCCGCACACCUUCCCACCGAAAACCAACCUAUGAAUGCCCUCCGUUUCCGUGCAAACAUCUGGAUUUCGAACGCACCAGCAUACGAGGAAGAAACAUGGAAACGCUUCUGCAUCUUGCCCAAGAGUGGCGGUACGCAACCACGAGCUAGUAUCGCGCCAACAAUUUCCGUUGUUUGUCGUACAUCUCGCUGCACAAUGCCUAAUGUCGACCCGGAGAGCGGGAAAUUCGAUACGGAUAAUCCGCUUCCUGGGAAGAAAAGAGGCAAACCGCAGCCUAGCACAACAUUAAUGAAGUACCGCACUGUUGAGACGGGGAAUAACGGAGCUCUUGGGUAUUUGGGUAUGCAUUGUGUUCCUGAGGAUAGGAAUUUCAAGGAGGUUGAGGAGAAUGAAGUGGGAGUUUAUGUCAAAGUUGGCGACGAGAUUGAGGUACUCGAGCGAGGGGUACAUCUCUAUGGGUCGACAGGUAAUGACUAUUAG